CCUUGUGUGGUGGCAGAGGGGAGAGGUGGUGACAGUCCAGUCAAAGCUAAACCAUCUGCAAAGAAUGGCGCUCAUGGCGUUGACUGGUGCUUUCACCACGACUCCGACUGCUGCUCUUGAGGCACUUCUAAAUAUCAAACCAUUACACAUACACUUAAAACAAGAAGCACUAUCAUGUGCAUACAGACUGCAGGUUACUGGGCUUUGGAACAGUAAUCAUGUUGAUCUUGCUACCAGUCAUACACGAUUGUGGUCACAAAUGGUUACAUGGGGUGAAGAUAUUCUUGCUCCCAGCGAUAUUACACUCACUUGUAGUUUUCCUUACAGGACAUUCCAUGUGAAGAUUCCCUCUCGAGAGGAGUGGUUGUCUGGCUUUAUGGAAAGACAACAACAAACGCAAGUGGUUUGUUAUACUGACGGUUCUCUGAUGGAGGGACGUGCCGGUGCUGGUGUCUACUGUCGUGAAAUGAGAUUGGAACAAUCUCACUCACUAGGUAGAUACUGUACUGUAUUCCAAGCAGAAAUCUUUGCGAUUAUGUGCGGGGUGCAAUCGGCCCUUCAACUGAGUUUGUCCGGCAGAGUUAUAAACUUCUGCUCCGAUAGUCAGGCUGCAAUCAAGGCCCUUAGCUCAGACAAAUCCCGGUCCAAGCUAGUGAUCGCGUGCCGAACCCAAAUCGAAGAACUAAGCAUUGUCAAUACUAUCUACCUUGUCUGGGUGCCCGGACAUUGCGGUAUUACUGGAAAUGAAUGGGCUGACGAACUGGCCAGGGCAGGUUCAGCGAUUGACUUCGUUGGUCCUGAGCCCGCGCUGCCAAUUUCGACAAGUUGGAUAAGGGAAAAAAUACGGUCCUGGGCUUCGUCCGAGCACCGAAAUUAUUGGAGAAAUCUACAAACGUGUCGCCAAACAAAGGCGUUUCUAGAACAACCAUGCCCAGUGGUUUCGAAAAAUCUCUUACAUUUUUCGAAGCUCCACUGCGGCAUGCUGACCAGGGCUUUAACCGGCCACUGCAAACUCAAUUAUCACAUGGCAACUAUUCAGCGCGCUGAGCCUUUUUCAUGUGAUCUUUGUGAAUCCGACUACGGAACCUCAUAUCAUCUGAUAUGCAACUGUCCAGCGGUAGCGCAAUUGCGAUUUCGAGUCUUCAGCCGUCCUUAUAUAGACGAAACCAUGUUUGGUCGACUGAAACUCAGAGACAUACUAAAGUUUCUUAUCCAAUGUGGUAAAGAGCUUUAGGCUUAUUCGCAGGCAAGUUGAACUACUUGUGAGUUUAACUUACCUGUUGUUUAUUUUUGUUUUGUGCUGUUAUUUUUCCCUCGCUUCCAAUUCUACUUCCCCACACCUCCUUGUCCUUUCCUUCCGCUCAGGAAAUGAUGAAAACACACGGCAAGGCACAAAUCCCCGACUACGUCCGGGGAACGUGCCAUUUGAGCCAAUAUAUUCUGAUUCCUGAUUUGUGCGUAUCGCGGCAGUAUACGAAAUCGGAGCCGAAGCAGUAAAAUUUUAUAAUUAGCACAAUAUUCCUACAAAAUCGCCUAGAGCCAUCUGUAAUCAGAUGCAGAAACUCUAUCAAAGGUGGAAAAUGAUUAAAAAAAACUUGAACCGCCGUGCAAGAACUACAAAAAAGCAGAAGUUUAUAACCGAAUUGGUCGAUUUAUUCGACAUUUCUGAUGUCUACGCAUUAAGGUUAACGCAGAAUAAGAGUG